GCGAGUAGCCUGGGAGCAGGUUGUGUAACUUUGCUAAUGUGCGAGCAACUUUAAAAUCCCUUCCACCUCCACUCGAGACAGUUUUAGGAAAAUGAGAAGCACUCUGUACAGCUGCAACUUUUGACAACCCAGCUUUUGAAUAUUAUUUUGUAUAUACACACACACAUAAUAUUUUGAACUAUUAAGUUGACUUUUACAUUUUAAAUAUAUUUGAUGGAAAUAGUAUUUUUUUUAAAAAAACAAAUUUUCUAAGGAAUUACACUUCUUCCCUCGUUGAGUUCAACGAUGAAUUACCAGACGUCGAUAUAUUUAGUUAAGUUUUUUGGCCUUUAUUUGACUUGCCUGCUUGUAGAAGUGAAUGGGCAACGGAGGUUCUCCCGUUGGGGCCAACGGAUUCAGUGGGAAAAUAACGGGCGCGUUUACAGCUUGAUGAGCCUGGGCACCGAGAACCAGCCGCCUCAGGACUCACGCGGGAGCAACUCCUUCGUCUUGCUGAGUGACACCAAUAGCACAGCGGACAGCGGCGCCAGGCGGAGACCCUCUUCCUCAGCUCGCUCGCCCCACACUCCCUCCGGAGCCCGAGCAGCAAGACGCCAGGAAGGCUCGCUUUCAGCACAAGCACAGCAACGCCCGUCUGGUGCGAGGCGGACAGGAGCCAGUCAGUGGUCGCAGGGCACGAGUAGCAAUAACCCGGGACCUUCCGGAUCUCGGGGAAACUCGGAGCCCACUGGAGCCAGGUCCAGAGAGGAGCCGCGGCAGAACAAUGCGAACCAAAACAUUAGAGACACCCCGGCUACCCAACGGAACGCAUCGAGCCUGGACAGUCGCGGGAUUGGCAAUGAGGAUAUCAUGGUCGGGGAUGAUCCCUAUAACCCCUACAAGCGCACGGACGACAACCCCUACUACAAUUACUAUGAUACAUAUGACAGGCCCAGGCCUCAACCCCGCAGACCCGGCUAUGGUACCAGGUACUUCCAACAUGGUUUACCAGAUUUAAUCGCAGAUCCAUACUACAUUCAAGCCUCAACGUACGUUCAGAAGAUGCACAUGUACAAUCUCAGAUGUGCUGCAGAGGAAAAUUGUUUGGCAAGUUCAGCCUAUGGCUCCGGUGUUAGGGACUAUGAUAUGAGGGUUCUACUUAGAUUCCCUCAGAGAGUGAAGAACCAAGGCACAGCAGACUUCCUUCCAAGUCGACCUCGUUACUCCUGGGAGUGGCACAGUUGUCAUCGGCAUUACCACAGCAUGGACGAAUUUAGCCGUUAUGAUCUCCUGGAUGCCACCACCCAUAGAAAAGUUGCUGAAGGUCAUAAAGCGAGCUUUUGCCUGGAGGACACCACCUGUGACUAUGGCUACUACCGAAGAUAUGCUUGCACAGCACAUUCGCAGGGAUUGAGCCCAGGAUGUUAUGAUACCUACAAUGCUGACAUUGACUGUCAGUGGAUUGAUAUUACUGAUGUUAAGCCUGGAAACUAUAUAUUGAAAGUUGCAGUAAAUCCUAGCUAUUUGGUUCCAGAAUCAGAUUACGGUAAUAAUGUUGUUCGCUGUGACCUUCGUUAUACAGGCCACCAUGCAUAUGUCUCAGGCUGUAGGAUUUCACAAUAUUAACUUCACAAAGAGCUAGAUAUGUUAAAGAAUGGAUUGAAUCAAUAACAUUUCCAAGUCACAAAGCAAAUCAAACUUCAGUCUCUUGUAUGGCACCAUUUCAACUUAAACAACCCAAAACAGGUAUUAUUUGCUGAAGAUGUUGAAAUCUAUGAGAAUGAGUAUUUCCAUCUUAAAACCCACAACACUGUGUUGGGGCUUUGGAACCCAUCAUUACUAUUGCAGUGGAAUUUAUUUACUUUAGCUCGUUCAUUAUACUGUAGAUUGGUAUUGUGAAGGCACUGGUACAGUUUUAUCCACUCUGCCUAAAUACAUCACCUAUGACAAAGAACUACAGUAGGUAUAAUGCCACAUAGUAUUUUAUUAGUGAAUGAGUUAAGAAAAGUUUGGUGUGGUUAGACUAUUGUUAUAGCAUUUUAUUAUAAAAAUUUAUUAAGAACAUGAUUAUACUAACUCAAUCACCUCAAGAAAAGUUACUUUCUGACCUGAAGGGCACAGCAUCCAGAUAACCACUGAAAAGAAAUUCAUGGGAUUAGGUUUGUUUCAUCAAAAAAAAACAGAAGAAUUAAAACACAUAUGCCUUUGAAUAUAUUUAACAGCACUUCAAUUACAUUCCAUGUGCUCACCUGAACAGUGAAUCCUUUGUUAAAGGAUGACAAUUGUGACUGUACACACUUGGCUAUACCAGUUGUAAUCUCAGUUGAAACUAAAGUUAUUAUUGUUUUGUCAUUGUGUAUUUAUGCAGCAAAGAGGUGUGGUAAACAUUCAUGCACUUAAGCUCAUCAGCAGAGAUCCUAUUAAUAUAUAAAUCACUAUCUCAUUCAAAAUAAUACAUUAUUGUACAUCACUUCAUUCAAAUGGUUAAGGCUACCUCUGACUUUUUGUAAAUUGGAGCCUGAUCUUUUAAUGACAAUACCCCCAGUCACUGGGUGAUAUUUAUUCCGGUGGAAUAAAUGUUAAAAGUCAUUUCAUUCUUUUGUUCUACAUUAAAGAGCAGAAUUAUAAAUUCAUAUUCUAAAAUCUAUGAUAUCAAAUUAUGUAAAUAUGAAUAUAAGAGUUUAUGAAUGAAACCGCUCACGAUUAAAGGCCUAUUUCUGAGACUGAUGAAUAAAGAUAGUUUGAUUGAAUAACAACUGUAACUGUGAAGAUAUUUCACUGUUGAAGAAUAUUCUAAUAACAUUUUCUUUGAAAUACAGUGUACACAAAGUAAUAAUAAUGAAAAUGAAAUGUAAUUAUCAAUUUGAUGUAAAUUUUCAUUUUACAUUUAGUGCAGUUUUUGCUCACUGAAACAAAUCCACAAAUAUGAAUAAACUCUUCUCGGCAUCCAGCCGGGUACAGAUAUUGAUUAUAACCAAACUCUACCGUCUCCUUCAGGGAAGCCCAAGAAGAGUUUAUUCGUCAUAUAUGCCAGGAAAGCACUAGAUGUUUUUUUCAGAUCCACAAACAAUUUGAACUUCUAUUUAUCAAAAUAUUGAUUAUUAUUUAUAAGUGAAGAAAAACAUCAAGGACUUAAAUAAAACAGUAUCAUAAAUAUUUAAGUUCACAAAUAAAAAAUUAGAUUUUUGCCAAAGUCGAGGCCUUCAUUCUGGAAAAAAUAAAAGAUUAAAACAAAGUGGUUUCAUUUCUAGAAUUGACUUCUGCAGUAUAAUCCCUUUUUAGGAUUUCCACUGACUUUGUGUGAAUUUAAGAUUUAAAUUAGAAAUAAUAUUUAUAAAAUGGCACAAUAGUAUAAAUGCAUUGGUCACUUAUGUACAUUGACAAUUCGGACAUAUCCAGCUGUUUCCAUAUAGGCACUAGGAAAUAUUAGGACAACUUCAAUGUUUAUAAUCAAUAACUUUUGCAGAAGUGAGUUACUUGCAUUCUCCAAUUUUAGUAUGAACAAUCUAGCAGAUGUCAUAGCAGGAGGCCAGUACUGGACACAUGGAGGAAUAUGGCACACAAUAAAAAUACGAAGUUACUUGGUACUGUAAAGAAAGUGACUCAUAAAAUUUAUUCAGUUUCUAAUUUUAAAGCUUGUCUUUGGUUUGUCACCUAAAUUAUAGUGAUCCCUCCCUCUUUAAAUUAUUGUGUAAAUAAUGUACAGUUAUUGGAUAAGCUGCAGCUUAUGUGACUUAUCUUUGACAAUGGUGACCUAACACCAUCAUUCGCUGCAGUGUUGCCAGAAUUGGAUUACUGAUCAUAUAGGACUUGAAUUUUUCUGUUUUUAUUUCUGCUUUAGUUCAGUUCUUUAUUUGUUCUAGUAGUUUUGGUAAAAAAAUGGUUAUUUUUACUAAACUAAAGAAAACCAAUAAGAUGCAUCAAUUUUCAAUCACUUUGUGCACAAUUAAAUCAAAAAUAACAAGGAAUCAGUAGGCUGAUGUGCUGUCUCUCUGCAUGGAUUCUUCAAGCUAUAGGGUGAUGCUGAUUUUUGAUUUAAAAUGAAUUUGUCCAGAUUUUAGAGGGAUGUGUGUGUGUGUGGGAUCCCUUCAGGUGAUAGACACACUGAUAAAGGAUGGCCUUAACUCUGGUCUUUCAAGGAGCCAGUAAAUUUUUAUCAUUCCUGCUGGUGUUUUAUUCAACAUGCAUAAAAACUCAAGUGAGCCUAUUUUGUAAUCUGCCGGGUACAACAUCUGAUCGGUUUUCUUUUACCAAGGCAGUCAGCUACUUGGUUGAAUACUAGGAACUUUUCACAAAACUUCAGUCUCUGGAGCAAAAUCCCCUGAUUGAACAAAAUCUUUAAUUUAUCUAACAUAAUUAAGAACAUCACUGGGUCCCUGUGAUACCAUUUUACCUACUUGUCCCCUUUUAACUAUUUUCAUCUCACUGGCCAAUGCAUGCUACAUGCAACACUCUGAUAGCAACAUGUAUAGUCUGCACAGCUGCCAUUUAUUUAGUAUUUUAUUGGCUUAGAAUAUAAAAAGUGAUAAUUUACAGGUAGGUUUUUAGGAGUGUGUAUAUAUAUAUAUAUAUAU